CGAUUGUUGACAACAGAAAGGCGCGUUUUUGGAAAUUUGAAGUUGUGAUGUUGGUGUUAUCUUCGUGAUUUCUUGAAAAUGGCAUCACCUACACGAAGACGUCAAGCAUUUCUGGAAGCAGUAGAAGAAGAUCGUACCGAAAUCUUUUUAGAUUUUAUCAAACAACAUUCUUGUAAAGAACAUGACUUCAAUUUAGAUGAAUUUGUGCAGACCUUGAAUCAUAAACAGAUUGAAGUAUUAUGGGAUGGGCUAAACAAACUCUGUAGUGAAACAUUGAUAAGCUCACCAUUGGAAGCUGAUGAGUCUGAUGAGAACUAUGAAGACAUGAAAAAAAAUGUGGAUACUACCAUGGAGAUUCUAAAUGGAAUAUUGACAGUAGCAUUUUGUUUUGUGCAUAAUGAGAGUGAACUGUUGAUACCAGAGUCUCUUCAAGACAUUGUCUCUAUAUUACAUGGAGUUUUAUUAGAUUUUCCUAAAUCGGCAACAAAGUUACAGAACAAUAUCUCCAAGCUCUGUGAACACUGGUGGAAUAAAGAUUUUCCAAAAAAGGAGCAAGUUGUCAAGAAUGCCUUCUUAUUUAUACUGAAUUCCACUUUGAAACCAAAUGCAUUGGUAAUUGAUUUUGUUUGUUUCGUAUAUAUAUAUAUUUGUUUGGCAAUUUGUGGAAUGUAUUCCCAUUUUUCAAAUCAAAAAAUCAGUGUGUAGCUUUCCUAUUUAAAAAAAUAUUCUAUUUUGGGUAUGGCUUUUUUUGGAACAUUUCACUAUAUCCUGAUGUCUAAAUUUCGAGUCAAAUUUAUGUUUUCAUAGUCACUGAC